CGACGGGGCUACACGAAUUUACUUUACGACUCUGCUCUAGCCAUCCAUCGACAGUGCAACUACCCGGCGAAAGCGAAAGUGAAAGCUCUCAUACCGUCACACUGCUCGCUCGCGGUUCAUGGAAGGUCUCAUUGCAUCGCUGGUGGCUCCGCACCGUUAACACCGCCACGCUUGCCAUUUGCUCUUGCGUCAAUGGAACCCAAGUGAAAGACUGGCUGCAUCAGUACGGUGUAUCGUCUCUGGUGGACCUCCUGCGCAACGGUGGCUCCCUUUCUUCCACGAUCUGCUCCCUUCACCGCUUCAUCCAUGACUCGUCUGGCAUCGGAUUCCCCUGCCCAUUUAGCGUUCAACAACUUGGCAAUCACCGACUCGACCAGCCCACAGCUUGGUGUCAACGGUGCCCGUUCAGAGCUAGCAUGCUGUGCAACGUAUGCUCCUGGUGCUCGUGCCCGCCGCGCCGCCUAAAGCCCACCUUACGGAAUCCCGCCUGUCGUCUUGAUUUGGUAAUACCUUUAAAAGGAAAUAACCUUUUUAGGCUUGCUCAUGUGACCAUCACAAGCAAGCGUAUGCAUGUUAGCUGGUCGCCCCUUCGCCGCUGACGCUGGCGACAGCGAGCAAUGCCCGGUGCUAUCAGAAAUUCUAUUUCCUUCUGGUUGGCACCCUAUGUCGUCUGUUUACCGCGCAUGCUUCGGGUAGGAUCCGUCCACCUGGGUUCCUUUUCGCUGGGCCCACCAAGGUUUUUGGCGUCCACCACUACAUCCUUCCUUCCUGCGUCCGUCUUGCAGCAAGCAGCUCUUCUCCGAUCUUCCUGUGCACCAGUAUGAGGUUUGGAUGUGACAGACUUUCCUUAGCCGGUCACUCUGUUCCGCUGUGGCUCUGCUCAAGUUCCCAAUUUGCUCAACUGGCCACCGUGAUGAUAAAAGGCAACACCUCUCGUUCACCCACCCCAUCUCCUCUUUCCCUCCUACUACCACCUACCCACUCACAAACCGAAAACAUGCCUGGUCGAGUCCACUUUACUGCAGUCAACCCUCUGCUCGCCUUCACCCCCGACACACACAAGUUCUCUGCGCUCCAGCUACACACCCCCUGCGCCAUCAGCUGGGACGUCCGCGACCCACCUCGUAAGGCAGAAGUCGUCCUCGAUGCCACUCCGUCAUCAUCCUCUUCGACGUCCGCCUCAUCGUCGUCGUCGUCAUCAACCUCGUCGGGCCCACGGUCGCUGACGAACGCUGAGCUCUCUCAACAUGCAACGCACCCGCCUGUCCGGGCCCUGCGCCUGACCUGUGGGCUCCUCGCUCCUGAUUGGCUCGUCGUCGCGACUGCGUCGAGCUCCUGCGACGGCGUGACCGUCGGCGACGUACUCAUGGCCAUCCAUGAUGCGCUCGUCCAGCGCGUCGGUCAGAGGGAAUGGAAGCAGCUUAUGCCCAAAGCGAGCAAGCGCAUCGCUCGCGUGUUUUAUGCGCGCUGUGGCUCGGCGCCGGGCGAGGUCGAGCAGGCGCGGGAGUAUUUUGGAGGCGUCAAGAGGGUCGAUUGGUUGCUCAACGCGACGGCGUUCGCUGGGCUGACAUGCCUGGAGAGCGACUCGGGCGAGCCGGAGGCGGUCAUCACGCUCAAGAAGGCAUGGUCAUGACGUGUAUGGCGACAGAAAUCUGGAUGCAAAGAGAUGCACGUUGUAUAUACCC